CCUAAUGCAAACAACAAGCGGUUGCGCUGAGUGGAGUUUGUUCAGAGCGUCUUGAGGCCCCACUCCGUGGGGUGUUUGAAUCCCCCUCGCCUUCCCCCUCCUGUUGGUCUAUAUGUGGGAACCGAAGGGCUGAGAACUGCCCCCUAAAUGUUUUCCGUAUAUUCGUCCAGACUCAGCAAAGGGACUGUCAUCGAUCUGAAAACACCAACGCCUUAAGUUCACACAUUAUCUUCACCAAUUCUGCUCCCUUUGAAAACACAGACACACAUCAGAUAAACAGAAACCAUGGGAACGGACGACAAGAACAAGAAAAAACAGGACAAAGCCGGGGAGACCAAGAACACCGAGCCGGUGAAAGAGAAAAUCGGAGCGGCGGGGAAGGGCAGGACAGAAGCCAAAGCAGCUGGCGAUGAAGAUUCUCAUAAGUGUUGUGGCUGUCGCUUCCCCGUUCUAAUCGCCUUAUUGCAACUGGUCCUGGGCAUUGCCAUUGCAGUGGUCGCCUUCAUAAUGAAAAGUAUCAGCUCCUCCUUGCUGGCCAGAGACACCCCGUACUGGGUUGGCAUCAUUAUCUGUUUGGCUGCAUUGCUGGGAUUUUAUAUGUACUGUAUCACAUACCAGGUUGAUGAGAAGACAUCACUACAGUUUAUAGCUAAGUUGAUGUACUUCUUGCUGUGUGCCCUUGGUCUGAUACUCUGUAUCUCAGCUGUGGCUUUUGCAGCUCACCAUUACAAUCAGAUCACCAUGUUUACCUGCCAGAUGAAUGCCGGACAGUGCAUCUGCAAGCAGGAUCCAGAUGACCAGAUUGCUCGUACCUUCCAGUAUGAUGAUGUGCCUGACUGUGAGUCUGUCACCAGAACUGUCAAACUCUACCUGCUCCUACAGAUCGUUCUCAACUUAACCUUGGCCAUCGUCUGCCUUCUGGGAUGUUAUGUGAUGUGGAAACACAGAUACCAGGUGUUCUUUGUGGGUCUUCGCUAUCACCCCUUUAAGACCAAUCAGCAGCAGCCAAAGGUAUAACUCGGGUGUUAGCAGGCCAAUGACGCCUAACAGUGAACCUGAUGCACGUUUGUGGAAAGAUGGGAAAUUACUCCAGUAUUAACUACUUUUUUGAAAGAGAAACUUGAUUGUAUAAAUGAAAGUGUGUGUGAUUUUAAGAAGUGAUUUACUUAUGCAGCAGGGUGUGUUUUAGGGAAGUGAAUGAUUUAAAAGUGGUCACAUUAGUGAAGGCUCUUUAUCUGCAGUAUUGGUAUUCAAUGGAUUGUUUGCUCCAGUAUUGUGUACCCAUGCAGUAAUCCUAGUCUGACUACACAUUGUUCACACUUAAACCCCAAGAGGAUUUCUUAAACCCGCUAUUGAGAAGUAAGGGAAGAAAUUAUAAAAUGCCUUUGGCUCUGAGCGGUUAAAGAGAUAUUGUCACUGGAGCAUGGUCACUUGUCUCUUCAGCCAGCUGCAGUACCUGGAUAUGCCCAAAAUCGAUUGAAUUUCACUGAUUAUAAGUCAGAUUGCCAACUGUGAUUAAACGUGUUCCUGGAGGUUCCAUCACAUGCCCUCACACUCCAGCCAUUAGUCGGCUAACACAUCUAUCCUUGUGACAUACGGCCUUCCUACGCCAAUUGGAAAGCAAAAAGACUCAUUACCCAAUUGGAUGGUGCUUGACUGUCAGCCAAACAGCUUUUUUUUUCUAAAUUUCAAUAUUUUUGUAUUCAUAAAAGAGAAAUGUUCAAAGAAAAUUAAAAGAAAAUGAUCUUUUUUAUGACGAUUUUUCUCCGGGAUUACAAACAGCAGUGUCCUGGAGAUUGAUCUUCAAUUCCUGGAGAGUCCAGGCCAAUCCUGGAGGGUUAGCAACCCUAGUUAUAGAGUAACUGUGCAACACAGAAACCAUUGACAUGCCCUGCUGCAAAACUAUUUCUAUUUUCCCCAUUUUGAAUCUUCUCCAUCAGUCAGUCCUUGGUUGAUAGGGUAGGGCAUGUCAAUGAUAUUCUCACAGCUCUUUGCUGCGAGCCCUUGUGAGCAAUCCGAUGGUUUCCUUCAUUUGUUUAUCCUAAACUACCUGGGGAGAGCAGUUGGACUCUGGGACCAAGAUUGGGAAUUCAGUGGAUGAGAAUAAUGGGUGAGAGCUGGUAUACGUGGCACCAUUCUGUGGCACCAUUUAAAACUGAGGCAUCUCUGGCUGCGUUAUGUAUUCCAGCAGCUUUCAAACCAGCUCACAAGUUGCCAAUGACCCUUUAAAUUACUAAGGAUUGUAGUGAUCAUUUUUAUUUACAUUUUUAUCAGAAAUGAAUUCAACUUGUCUAUGGAAAAUUGAAAUAGCUGCUCACGAGUCUAUCUGAGAACGGGUCAAUGCAAAGUCUUAGAGCAAAAUCCAUUAUAAUUUGAGAUAAUGAGCUGGUUUAGAAUGUGCCUUCAUGUGAUCACCGUCUGCACCUUGUAACAGUUGGAAUCUUUUGCAGACAGGCACUUGGAUGGAAACCUGAGAAUCUCAAAAAGAAACAGAGCAUACGCACAUGCACACGUGUACACACCAUGCGCGGCACACACACAGACAUGACACACACAUGCAGACACACAUGACACACACAGACAUGACACACAGACAUGACACACAGACAUGACACAUGCACACACACA